AUGAUUUUUAAGGUUGUCAUUUUUGCUGCUGCGCUGAUGGCGGUAAGCGCGCAAUAUCAUGGACAAAGUCAUGGUCACGCAACUUCUUCUCAGUCAAUCAUCCGCCACGAUAUAUCCCACAACCAACAUGGCUACAACCACGAUUACUACGCGCACCCUCAAUACGAGUUCCAAUACAACGUAGAAGACCACCACACUGGUGACAUCAAGUCUCAGCACGAAGCUCGCGAUGGUGACCACGUGACCGGCUCCUACAGUCUGCACCAGCCCGACGGUUCAGUACGCACCGUCCACUACAAUGCUGAUCAACAUAGCGGGUAA